AUGGUGUCGGCAACUGCGACUACUUCCAGCAUUGCUCAGCCGUGGCGGACCAAGUCUUCUUGGGAAGAGCUUGUUAAACAGAAGAUAUUGAGUCUUCAAGACGAUCUCCCUGCAGCCUGGCGCUUGUCGGUAGAGCUAUUGGAGAGAUAUCGACCCUCUUCGCUUGACCAUUCAUAUAUCAUAGAUGCAGGCAAAGUCCUCCACGACGCUCCGUUUUUCUCGGAUCAUGAGUUCAAUAUCACGGAACAUAACACAGCGACGCAGUUGGUUGGCAAGUUGGCGAGAGGCGAACUUACGGCAGUCGAGGUCACCACGGCGUUCUGCAAGAGGGCCGCUAUUGCAGGCCAGCUGUUGUCCUGUCUUACCGAGACCUUCUACUCCAAGGCCUUGGAUCGUGCAAAGACUCUUGACGAACACUUCAAGCAAACAGGAAAGACUCUCGGACCUCUCCAUGGACUACCGAUCAGCAUAAAGGAUAGUUUUGACGUUGGAGGCAUUACGACGACAUGCGGAUUCGUAGCCCUUCUCGAAGUCGGGCAGGCGAAGAAAAAUGCUCCACUGGUCGACAUGCUGCUGGAUCUCGGAGCUGUCUUGUAUGUGAAGACUAAUGUCCCACAGACGAUGAUGACUGCCGACUCCGAGAAUCACAUAUACGGCCGUGCCUUGAAUCCCCUGAAUACAGCCCUGACUGCUGGUGGAAGCAGUGGAAGCGAAAGUUCUCUGGUCGCUUUCAAAGGAGCACCCCUGGGAGUGGGAACGGACAUCGCAGGCUCGGUACGUGUACCGGCGUUGUGCUGUGGCCUGUAUGGCUUCAGAUCAACUGCAGAUCGUCUGCCUCUGUUCGGUCAGGAGUCGAUCAGAACCGAGUUCGUCUAUCGUGGCAUCCCCAAGAUCCAAGCCUGCGCUGGGCCAAUCGCACACACGAUGGAGGACUUGGAGCUCUUCAUGGCUAGUGUGAUUGGACAACAGCCUUGGAAUUACGACUCGCUAUCAUUCGCGGUACCAUGGCAUACAAGCUUUGAAGCGAAGACCGAUACGAAUACCAAGCUGAGGAUUGGAGUAUUGCCAGAGCAUCCAGAAGCACCACUUCAUCCUCCUGUAAGACGUGCAUAUCACGAAGCCAUUGCCCGUCUGCAGAAAGCUGGACAUGAGAUGAUUCACCUGCCUGAGGACCCUGCAACAGACAUCAAUCUCGCAAACCGCAUAGCAUAUCAAUACUACUUCUACGGACCGAAAAAGGCUGAUCUCCUCGCAGCCAGCGGCGAGCCAAUGGUGAAGUCUGUCGUCGGGCAUAUAAAUCCCCUCUUCACGGGAGACUUGCCGGUAUCCAUGGAAGCAGACCUCACUACACAGAUGGAGGGGCUGUGGAGUUCUCGUGCCAAGUAUACUGAUGCGUGGAGGAAGGUUUGGGUGGACAAUAAGCUGGACAUCGUCCUCUGUCCCGGGGCUCAUUGUACGGCUGUCGCGCAUGAUACCUGGGGAUGGCCGUUCUACACGGCCAUUUGGAAUUUGACAGAUUUUCCCUCUCUUGUCAUACCUUUUGGGAGAGUCUCGAAGGAAUUGGAUCCUGAUGGGUUCCCGGCAAAGAGCCAUUCACAACCCGGCUAUGACCCUGAACUCAUCGAUGGUGCUCCUUGCGGGGUGCAAAUCGUCGCCCCGAAAUUCCAAGAUGAGGCGUGUUUGUGGGCUGGCAAGAUCAUUGACCGUGUUCUCCAUCAGUAA